CACAACUAAUGGAAAAUUUUUGACACAUGUCAAAUAAAUUAUUCUUUAUUGCGGCAACACAAUUCCUUUUUAUUGUCGACGGCUAAAAGAGAAUAUCCAUCAAAGAUGGGUAAGAUUAUGAAACCUGGGAAGGUGGUGCUGGUCCUUAGUGGCCGGUACGCGGGCCGCAAGGCCAUCGUAGUCAAAAACUACGACGAGGGCACGUCUGACAAGCCCUACGGACACGCUUUCGUCGCCGGCAUCGACAGGUAUCCCCGCAAAGUUCACAAGAGGAUGGGCAAAAACAAAAUCCACAAGCGCUCGAAAGUCAAGCCUUUCGUAAAGCUCGUCAACUACAAUCACCUCAUGCCAACCCGUUACUCAGUUGACUUCAGCUUUGAGAAGUUCAGCGCAAAGGACCUGAAAGACCCCGCCAAGCGCAAGAAGCUCAGAUUCAACACGCGAGUACGCUUCGAAGAGAGAUACAAGAGCGGAAAGAACAAGUGGUUCUUCCAGAAGCUUAGGUUCUAAGGUGUACUUUUAAAAUAAAAAGUUACUGACGUAACACA